UUGUCGGUUUCUUUGAAAAAAUAUUUUGUAGAAAUUACCAAACCAAUAAAAUGAGCGAGAAAAAUUACGGUGAAACUAUACCAAUUCAUAAGUGGCCAGUUUUACCAGAUCGGGAACUACAAAAAUGGGAAAAAUGGAUUCAAAUAAGAAAUGACGAGGCGAUUUCUCUUGGGAAGAGACUGCAUAAACCGCCAGCUGAUCUAGCGAUGAAUUUACUGGAUAAAGUUCGUCAUGAUAAGGAAAGGAAAUUGGCAUUAGAACAUGCUCAGAUUGAAAGAAAAACGGGCGUAAGGGGGUCCUUAUGGGAUCGACCUCCAAAACUGAAGCAAAGAUGUUAUUGUGCACCUGCCUAUGAACUUCACAGAACAGCUGCUGAGAAAGGUCGUCCAAGGAUAGUGGAACAUGUUGGAGUUCCUGAGUACAUUCAGCAAACUGAAAUGGGAAUAAUUGGCGAGUCUGUCCGUAAUCCAUGCACGCAUUUGAACGCUGAGUAUGAAAUGUACAGAGAUUACCGCGAAGGACAGCUUACUGAGAAGUUGAAGAAAAUUGACCCAUUCAGGCCAGACAUAGACAAUUUAAUAGUCAGAGGCAGAACUCCUUCACCACCACCCAAAAAAUACCCUGUUCUUCCAGAAAUUGCUAUUACAGAUGAUGAUGAACCUCCUGGAGAACCACUCAAAGCAGUGUUUGCUUUAAAAAUCAAUAAUACUGUACUAUACAGACCUGUAUCUGGACACGGUCUAUUUCACGUUCCUACGUUCCAAGAAGAUGAAAAUCACGAGACUUGCACUAAUUGGAGCUAUUAUUUUAAUGUUCCUGCCAAGAGAGCUGGCAGGUGCAAGCUGACUAUGGAGAAUCUUGGAACAAUCACUUUAAGGUACUGUUGGAAAAAAAUGAAACGAAAUAUACCUUUUGUACCCGAAGAUGCAACCGAACAAGUAUUCUUUUUUAAUAAAAAUGAAGAUGUAAUAUCUCCUGGUCAGGUUAAAGAAAUAGCUUUCACAUUUAUAGCUGACAGAGCUGGUAUUUACAGUGAGUUUUGGGAAUUAAGUAUGUGUAAUACACAUUUUUUUGAAAAGUUGUUUAUAAAUUUGUACGCUGACGCAACUGAAGAUGUGGAUGCGAUAGAUAAUAGAGUUCAAAAUCUCAAAACAGAAAUUAACAACAAAGCGAUACUUAACCUGGUGACUGCUUUUCUUGAGAAAGCAUUCGAUAAUGUUUUCGAGCCAGCACCACAAUUUGAACCGUACCCGUAUGAUAAAUACUUUGUGGAGUCCGAACUCUUUAUUUUACGUAAUCCAAUGUGCUAUUACCAUCAAACAGAAGUAGGUAAAAUGAAAGAGCUGUACACAGAAAUGCUCCCAGAUAAAGAAUGGGAUCUAUCGAUAGCUACUUGGAGAGAAGUGAUGAUGGCAAAAGAUUAUGAAGAAAGAAUGAAAUAUUAUGAGCUACUACGUCUAUCCCAUGCAGUAUGCUUGAAACCUUGGACAGAGGGCGAUAGUUUAGUCGAAGAGAAAUUCCGUACAAUACAGUGUUUGUUUGGACAAUUUCUCGAUUUGUUCGAUAGGGAAUUCACUCGUAUUACAGAUUCUUUUGUUUUUAAACCACCAGAAACCAGAGCAUCGGCUUUGCGUAGGCCUAAAAGUAGAACUAUUGCUAUUGAUCCAAUUACUGCCCAAAUGUUACGUAAUGUUUUCUACUUGAGAAUGUAUGAGCAUUUCUCCUGUUUCAUAGAGUUGUGCGCUGGAGUGUUGAGCAGCUUAGAUUUGAACCGAUGGAUCGAAUUUGAUUUCUGUCGUCAUCUUGAUUAGGUGUUAUUUGGUUUGACACAUUAGGAUAGUUUUGUUUUAAAAUACUUUUGUUUUCUUUACUUUAAUGAAAAAAUCGUGAACUGUUAUGUUAUUUCUUUGUUCUGUAAAUAGGUUUUUAAUAUUAACAUCUAUUGAUUUCAUCUUAAUGUAUGA